UCUUCGGCCCUUUUGGCUUCAGAUCCAAGUGGCUUCUCCAAACUCCUCUCAUGGCUUUGUCUCAACCCUCACCGGUCGCGCCACACUCCGCUGCGCAUUCACCAUCCCCUGCACAUCCGUCUAAGCAGCCGUCUCCGUCUUCUAAAGUGAAACCAAUUAACGUCUUCUCUAACGAUGGCUCCUUUCUAGAACGACUUCAACGCAGUAAGAGGGAAGAGGAGGAGAGGAAGCAGGCUGACGUCGUGGCUCAGAAGAAACGCGGUUUUGAUGACCGCUUUAAAAAGAGAGGCAAGCGUCCCGCACCUUCUGCAGAUACACCUGACUCUGGCUCUUCUGGUGAAACUGAUGAACCUGCCGGGCCGGCUAAGAAAGCCAAAACGUCCGAACCGUUAAGUCAAUACGAAAAGGAAGUCCAAGGCUAUCAAAGCCGUCUCCUGAAGGAUCAGGGCAUAGGCGUGAGACCGCUUGUGAAGUAGUCUGUCCAAUACUAGAGGAUCGCUUGUCCUAACUCUUCGACAUCCAUCCACUGGCCACAUUGUACGUCAUGUAAAUAAUUUUUAUUUAUUGAAAAGCUAGAAUGACCGCUAUGGAUUUGAUGACUCCAUCGCUGUACCCAUUAUGCACCCACUUGCAGGAGCUCCGUUUUAAUUUAGGCAGGACUCCAGCCUUG